AACAAGCUGUGUGCGGCGGACAUUAAAAGAAGAAGAGGGAAACUAAGAAAAUUAUUUGUAGUCUGCGAUUUUAUUAUUAAGAAAUUCAAAAAAACUCCGGAAAUUGUCAGUCAUUGACGUUUGUUUUCACUUCAAUCACUUUUUUUAAAUAGGUUAUUUUACAUUUGUUAAUUCAUCGCAAGAUUAAAAUUUUUUUGAAGCUGCGAAAAGUUCGCUUGCAAUAUGGCUGAAUAUUUAGCGUCCAUUUUUGGCACCGAAAAAGAUAAAGUAAAUUGUUCAUUUUAUUUUAAAAUUGGUGCUUGCCGUCAUGGUGAUCGCUGCUCGCGUAUUCACAACAAGCCGACAUUUUCCCAAACCGUGUUGCUGCAGAAUUUGUAUGUUAACCCUCAGAAUUCGGCAAAAUCAGCUGAUGGCUCUCAUCUGGUGGCCAAUGUUUCCGAUGAAGAAAUGCAGGAACAUUACGAUAAUUUUUUCGAAGAUGUAUUCGUAGAAUGCGAGGAUAAAUAUGGAGAAAUUGAAGAAAUGAACGUAUGCGAUAAUUUGGGCGAUCAUUUAGUAGGUAAUGUGUAUAUCAAGUUUCGCCAUGAGGCCGACGCCGAAAAGGCGGCAAACGACUUGAACAACCGCUGGUUUGGAGGACGCCCGGUGUAUUCGGAACUGUCGCCAGUUACUGAUUUUCGUGAGGCCUGUUGUCGCCAAUACGAAAUGGGUGAAUGCACUCGUUCGGGCUUCUGCAAUUUUAUGCAUUUGAAACCGAUAUCUCGAGAAUUAAGAAGGUACUUAUAUUCUCGCAGACGGCGCUCUCGUUCUCGAUCCAGAUCGCCUAGGCGUCGAAGAUCUCGCUCCCGCGAACGUCGUCGUUCACGCAGUCGCGAUCGGCAGUCAGACAGUCGUAAGGGACGUUACUAAAAUUGCUACAAUUAAGAUCCCUUUCCAAAUGGCCCUUCGAAUUCGUUUUAAAAAAAUGAUUUUUUUAUAAUUAUAAUAAUGGCAACCGAUUUCUGUUCAAUUU